AUGCGGGAGCUGUGCUCCCCAUUGCCGUGCUCGGCUGCUCCAACCCUGAUACCGACGCUUGCGCCGGCGCGUUCUGCCGAGGCCGUCGAGGCCGAUGCCAACGCAUGCACGGUGACUGCCUACGCGGACAUCUCUUCUGCUGUCGCUUCAUGCACAGAUAUUGUCCUCUCCGGCAUCUCUGCCCCUGCCUCUAGCACGAUUGAUCUGUCAGCGCUCCAGACCGGCACUACCGUCACUUUUGCCGGAACCACUUCUUUCGGCACCACUGCGGACUCCGACUUCGACCCUAUGAUCAUUAGCGGACAUGACAUCACCAUCACUGGAGCUGAGGGCCACGUUAUUGACGGAAACGGUGCCGCUUACUGGGAUGGCGAGGGUUCCAACGGCGGUAGCGACAAGCCCGACCACUUCAUUGUCGUCAAGAAGGUCUACAACGGCAAGAUCACGAACCUCAACAUCCAGAACUGGCCCACCCACUGCUUCUACAUCAGCGGCGUCCAGGGCCUCGAGGUGACCGGCCUCACGCUCGACAACUCGGCAGGUGACGAGCCUAACUCUGCCAGCGGCACCAAGGCUGCUGCGCACAACUCGGACGGUUUCGAUAUCUCUGGCUCCGAUACCGUCACGCUCGAUAACAUCAAGGUCUACAACCAAGACGAUUGCGUAGCUGUAACAUCCGGAUCCAACGUCAUCGUUAGCAACAUGUACUGCUCUGGUGGCCACGGUCUGUCCAUCGGCUCCAUUGGUGGCAAGAGCAACAACACCGUCUCGGGUGUCACUUUCUCGGACUCGGUCGUCGUCAACUCUGAAAACGCAUGCCGUAUCAAGAGCAACUCCGGUACGACCGGCACGAUCGAGAACGUCACUUACCAGAACAUCACCAUGAGCGGAAUCACCGAUUACGGUAUUGAUGUCCAGCAGGACUACCUGAACGGCGGCCCGACUGGCGAGCCCACGAACGGUGUCACCAUCGCCGGUAUAUCCUUCAUUGAUGUCACCGGAACGACGACUGGCGACGAUGCCUAUGACUACUACAUCCUUUGCGGUGACGGCAGCUGCAGCGACUUCACCUUCUCAGGCGUCAGCAUCACUGGUGGUGACGAAUCUUGUAACUACCCUACUACCACUUGUCUCUCGUCAUAG